CAAAACAAAAAACUGCAACGAUUAGCAUAAAAAUACUGAUAAAAAAGUAUAGCGCAGACACGUCCAAUUCACGUCAUGUCGUUGUCUGCUUCUAACGCACAGACAAAUACUAUUUCAGACAGUCGAGGAAUUCAUAACGUCAACAACGGUUAUUUAUUACCGUUGAACAUAGGGCGCGCGUAUAGUACCAGUAAUUUCUCCACAAGAAAACAAAAUAGAAGCAUGCGACGUUCGACAUCAACGACGUCGUCUGCUUUAGCGUUGCUGGCAUUUCUAUUUUUUUUGAAUAUACUACAGAGAUCCUUGGAUGAAAACAAACAAGGACCAGUGUUGAUGACGCGCAUAAUAAAGCAGACAAAAAUACGACCGCGCAAUGAUUUCAUUGAAGACAAACAGUUAACUAUUGAAACUACUACUCGUGACAAUAUUAUGGUUACCAAAUUUGAAAACAUUUAUAAUAAGUAGGUACUUUAAAUAAAAAUUACAGUAAUGAAAUGACAUUGUGUAU